AUGGUAGGUGGUAGUUUAGAGAAAUUUUCAGGAAAAUGUGAGCAAGCAAAUAUUUCAGAGAAGAGAAUAAUGGAUUUGAGUGAUGGUUCUGAGAGUGAUUUGAGGUCAAAUAUUAGUUCUUCAAGGAGAGGUGAGAGGAGGACUGACAAUUAUGGUACGAAUUUGAUGGAUAAAGGCAAAAGGGGGGCUGUUGAUUCACCAGUAGUGGAAAAACCAGACAAUUUACGUAUUUCAGAAGAUUUUGAGGAGUUAAAGUUGUAUAAUGAGGAUGAAAAUGGGUUGCAAGGGUCAGAGCAUAUGAUGGAUUGGAGAUAUGGCGACAGAAGUCAGAUGGAGAGGUUCUCGAGGGGUCUAAGAAUGGAUGUUGAAGGUACGAGAUAUGCGGCUUCAAUGUACUCAAACGAGGGUCCUUCAAAUAACUGGUCGAGGUCUGUUUACGCUUAUGAGGGUCAAGCGAAUAAUAAGAAUGCAAUGGAUGAGUUUAAUGAGGUUAAUUGUGCUGGAGUAGAUCGAGCUGUGCUUUUGAGGAAGUUGGACGAGUUGAAGGGUCGGGUUAGCAAGUCUGCUGAAAUGGUUGAUCUUGAUCAAGGGGCACUACGUCGAGGUUCUUAUGUUGGUUCUGAGAAUUGGUAUCCUGAUAGCUCUUUGGGAAUGGAGAUAUAUCGUGAGGAUGAAAGUCGGUUGCAAAGGUCAGAUGGUACGAUGGAUCGGAGAAAUGGGGAGAGAAGUCGGAUGGAGGGGUUUCGAAGAGCUCGGAGAAUGGAUAUAGAAGAUAUGAGAUAUGCAUCUUCUACAAACUCAGAAGAUGGUCCUUCAGAUAACAAGUCAAGUUUCAAUUAUGAUUAUGAAGAUCUGGUGAGGAAUAAGAAUGGCAUGGACAGGUUUGACAAGGUCGAUUAUGUUGGAGAAGAUCAAGCCCAUCUUUUGAGGAAGUUGGAUGGGUUGAACGAUCACUUUAGCAGGUCAGCUGAACUGAUUGACAAGGCUAAAGAAAAGGUUCCUCUUGAUCGCAGGACAAUUCAUCAGGUACCUUGUGCUGGUUUUGAAAAUUGUAAUUCUGGUAGAUCUUUAGGGAUGGAGAUGUAUAAUGAGGAUGAAAGUGGAUUACAAGGGUCAGAGCGUAUGUUGGACCCGAGAAAUGGGGAGAGAAGUCAGCUGAAGGAGUUUUGGAGGGGUCGGAGAAUGGAUGUUGAAGGUACGAGAUAUGCAGCAUCAAUAUACUCGGAGGAGGGAUCAUCAGGUGACCGGACAAGGUCCAAUUAUGAUUAUGAAGGUCGAAUGAAGAAUAGGAAUGACGUGUAUGGGUUUAACAAGGUCGAUUAUGAUGGAGAAGAUCGAGCUGAGCUUUUGAGGACAUUGGAUGAGUUGAAAAAUCAGCUAAGUCGACCCGGUGGAAUGGUUCCUCUUGUUAGAAGGACAAUUCGUCAGGAUCCUUAUGAUGGUUCCGAGAAAUGGUAUUCUGAUAGUUCUUCUGAUAAACAAUUUGGAAGACCGCCUCAUCUAAAUCACUAUGCUGAGCCAUCUAUGCAUCGGCAAGAAAAGGGUGGGCAUGGCUUUUAUCCUCCGAGAUACGCUCCACUUGUGGAUCCGAUAGGGUCUCAAAUGCUUGGCCGAGAUCCACGUCAACCUCCUGCUCCAUUUCGACGGCCUCCAUCUCAUGCUUAUUUUUCUGUGGAAUACAUGGAUCGAAUGGAAACGUACCCUUUUAGUGUUAGUCAUCACCAUCCAUCUUGUUCUUGUUUCCAUUGCCACAACAAAAGACAAGUUUCUCUUUUGGUCCCACCAACUGCCUUCAGCAAUAAACGGUUAUCCGAUGUUCCGGAUGAUGUGGUGUUUAAUCAUUAUAAAAACCCGAGUUCAUUUGGUCCCCAAGAAUAUGAUUCUAGAACUACCAUUCCUCCUCCCUUAAAAUCUCAGAAUCCUGAAUCUCAAAUAAGAUUGCCUAGUGAUCUGAACUCUGAAGUCGAUGGUUUAAUUCAUUCCCGACCUCCCAGAUUGAGUCCAGUGAGCAGUGGACGAAUUUGCCGCCCGAUAGCAGGGGGUGCUCCAUUUUUUACAUGCGAGAACUGUUUUGAGUUGCUGCAAUUUCCUAAGAAAGUAAUGUCUGAAGAUAGAAACAAGAACAGAAUUAGGUGUGGGGCAUGUUCUACAAUAAUCUCUUUUGCAGUUGCCAACAAGAAACUAGCUGUUUUCAUUAAUGUAGAAGAGGAGAAUACUCUUGCAGAGGUUGAUGAUAGCCAUGAUGCCUCUAAACCAGGAAAUUCAUAUGUCCAUGGACAUUUGAACCAAGGUAGCACAACCUUUUCAUCCUAUGACUAUGAUAAUUCUGGUUAUGAUUUCCACUCCAUGGAUAGAGAACAAGGAUCUUUGUCAACGGGCCAAGCAAGCUCAAGCAAGUUUGCAGAGAUGAAGACCCCUCACACUACUUCUUCUCGUACUUCUGCGGCAGAGGAAGAUGAAAAUAUAUUUGCUAUAAGAAAAGAUCCAGAUUCUGCUGAGCCGGCCUCAAAGAGAAACAGGUCUCUACCUCCCAAGGGAUCCACAAUUCAAGAUGAAGUGAUACCCAGCAAGAGUACUGCAGAGCAGAAUUCUAUGAAAAGCACAUCAGCGGCUACUGAGAUUGAUAUUCUGACCAAUGAGUACUCUAAUACGGGAACUUCUCUAGAGUCAGGUGAAGGAAGUAGAGAAGGAGAUCGACUAAGAGGUAAUAGAGUAGCGGAGUCAUACUUUGCUGGCAUUAUGACAGAGAGUUCUAGGCACUCAAACGAAUCCAACCAACUGGCCGAGCAGGGAAAAGCCAACGUUACUGUUAAUGGGAAUCUUAUACCAGAUCGGUUGAUUCAAAGGGCCGAAAAGCUGGCCGGACCGAUCCAUCCUGGACAUUAUUGGUAUGACUUCAGAGCUGGAUUCUGGGGUGCAAUGGGAGGUUCUUGUCUUGGCAUAGUUCCUCCAUUUAUUGAGGAAUUCAACUAUCCCAUGCCCGAAAAUUGUUCUGGUGGAAACACUAAUGUUUUUGUGAACGGUAGAGAACUUCAUCAAAAAGACUUGAAUUUGCUCGGGAAUAGAGGGCUCCCGACGGAUAGAGAUAGAUCUUACAUCAUUGAGAUAUCCGGUCGAAUCCUAGACGAGGACACUGGUGAAGAGCUAGAAAGUCUGGGCAAACUUGCUCCAACCGUGGAGAAGGCGAAGCGUGGAUUUGGCAUGAGAGCUCCAAAAGCGGAUGCUUGA